AGCACCUCGGCAUCAUUCUGGUCUUGGUGCUGGUCCACGCAGCAUCGUUUUUGUUCGAAAGCCUCGAAUGUUGGGGCUGUGUUUUAAGUAGUUAAUUGGAUUUUUACUUGUAACUGAGAAUGUGCAAUUUUAGCACUCGGUUGUUCCAGUUGUUGGCUUUGAUUGCCAGUUUCGGGUGUAUGGUUAGUGGAUUGCCAGUAUCGAGCUAUGAUGAUGAUUACGACGAUAGCAGUCUCGAGAACGACUUCGAUGUGGUCUUCGAUCAAAGGCAGAAUGGAACCGAGAACGUGCGCAUAUCAGUCGAUGGCAUUGUAAUUGCCCUUCCUGCUCCACCUCCGCAAACAGAACUUGCCUCCUUAGCUGGCCCAGCUCUUCUGGAUUUCUUGGGCACUCAACUAGGAUCCAUGGAAAGCGAGAGCUCUGAAGAAGAUCAGCGACCUCCAAGCAAGUUAAGUACCACAAGUACUACGACUACAACCACAACAACAACAACGACAACCACUCCGGCUCCUGUGCAGCUGUUCCAGGAUCCUCUGAUUCCGGUGAAUUUGCUGGGUCAAAGUUUGGCAUUCCUGUUCAAUAAAGGUGCCGAAGUUCCAAUCAAAAUUUCACCGGACGCCAAACCGUUACGAUUGGGUAAACCAAGUUUGCUGUUGGUGAAAAAAGACGACGAUGAUGAGCCUCAUUAUUAUGAACCCUACGAGAACGAUGAGGAAGUGACAACAACGAAACCGAAAAAAGUUUCCAAACAUAAAAGAAGGUAUAAGUUAAAAAUGGGAAGCUUGUUGAAGCCACUUCUGCAAAGGACCUACGUUGUUUAGAUGACUGUUAAACAGAAAUAUUGUGAUAAAUACAUUUAAUGAAAAUCUUAAAAAA